ACGUGUCUAUCUCCAAGAAGAAGAAGAAGUAAGAAAAAAAAGCCAAAAGAUCUGAGUUUGGGAGAAAGAGCUUCGAUCGAAGCUUGGAGAGAUGGGAAUAAGGUUCAUAUUGAUGGUGAACAAGCAAGGCCAGACUCGUCUGGCUCAGUACUACGAGUGGCUCACUCUUGAGGAGCGUCGAGCUCUCGAAGGCGAAAUCGUCCGUAAAUGCCUCGCUCGCAACGACCAGCAGUGUUCAUUUGUCGAACAUCGCAACUACAAGAUAGUCUACAGACGUUACGCAUCUCUCUUCUUCAUGGUUGGGGUCGAUGACGACGAAAACGAGCUGGCGAUUCUAGAGUUCAUACAUCUUUUGGUGGAGACAAUGGACAAGCAUUUUGGAAACGUGUGUGAGCUUGACAUAAUGUUCCAUCUGGAGAAAGCUCAUUUCAUGCUGGAAGAAAUGGUGAUGAAUGGUUGCAUUGUGGAGACAAGCAAAGCCAACAUACUUUCAUCCAUACAACUUAUGGACAAAGCCCAUUAAUUAUAAACACCUUGUUGCCAUUUCUGUUUCAUCUCUCUGUUACACAACUUCUUUGUCUUGUAUUAUUAUUAAAGAUGCUUCAAAGAGAGGAUGCUUCAAAACGUACCAAUUAUUUUAACAUUACCGAGAGAAUACAUUGGUUGUUUAUCGUUCUCAA